AUGUGCAAGUCCGUGACCAGGCUGUUUACACAUUUGGACACCCUGAGCAACAAGCAAUCACAAGAGCACAGCUCAGGCGUGAAGAUCACCAUCAAGUCCAAGAUCGUCGAGGUCAAGGGCAAGCACGGUGAGCUUAAGCGUGACUUCAAGCACCUGCCCAUCGAGCUCUUUCUCUCGGACGGUGGAAAGAAGGUGGUUGCGCGCAUGUACUUCGCCAAGAGCAAGCAGUGCUCCAUGCUGAACAGUGUUUGCAGCCACAUCAGCAACCUCUUCGAGGGUGUGGCGCACAAGUUCGAGUACAAGAUGCGCCUCGUGUAUGCGCACUUCCCCAUCAACGCCAACAUCAUCAACGGCGGCAAGACCGUCGAGAUCCGAAACUUCUUGGGUGAGAAGGUUGUGCGAACGGUGCACAUGUUGCCCGGCGUCAUUGUGGAGAAGAGCGCCUCCACCAAGGAUGAGCUGGUCGUCAGCGGUGCGGACAUCGAGCUCACUGGUCAGUCCGCAGCCCUCAUCCACCAGUCCUGCCUUUGCAAGAAGAAGGAUAUCCGAAAGUUCUUGGACGGAAUCUACGUCAGCUCUCAUGGUGUCAAGGAGGACUAA